AUACACUUUAUAAUAACUCAACCUAGAGAGGCCUCUUCAUCUUUCACGGCAUGCCCAAAACUAGGUGAGCCAAAAGAGGACGCAACAAAUCAAGCCCACAUCGGGGUUCUUUCAACCGGCCUUCCUAAUGUUCUAAACCAGAGCAUCAAAGGAACAAAUGGAACUCACAUCCGGAUAGUGGAAGUCAAACCAUAUACCCCUCCUCCACCGACGUUGACCCGUCAACCUCGUCGGCCAACAAAGGCACCAAAUAGAAAAAAAGGGGUAAAGAAAAGAGCAGGGGAGAAUCAAACGACUCCUAAAUGAGGCACCCCAAUCCGUCACAACCCAAAUAAGGCUUUCAAACUUGAACUCCAAUUAAGGACGAAAAAGUGAAGAGUAGAGAGCGACGAGUCUCGUUAACCCUUCAACAAAUUUAGGAAUGGAAAACUGCUGCGAAAUCGAGUGGAGGGAUAGAGAACUCAGUGAUGGUCGCCUCUGCCAUGACACCUCAGGGGGAUAAAGUGGUUAUGUUUGCCGACCUCUCUACAGGCGAAACCUAGACUCUCCCGGUGACCUUUUCCCGUCCUCUCCUCUGUUUCUUUUUUCUACUUCAUUUAUUUUUUUUUAUGUCUAGUUUACAUUAUACUAGCUUUAAAAUCAUCUCUUGGAACGUGGGUAGUGCUGGGAGCAGGUCAUUUUCUCGCUCUUUUUGACUUGGGAUCCAGCUCCAUCGCCUUGACUUUGUAAUUAUGAUGGAACCGCAGAUCAGUGGAACCAUCAAAGACUCGGUGUACGAAAAGCUGAGGUUUCUUGAUGUUACUCGGGUUGAAGCCACGGGGCGCAACGAAGGAAUUUGGUUCUCCUAGAAUGCGAUGCGAUUUGACGUUCAAGUUCGCUCGGCAGGGCCUCAACACUAAACUCUCAUCGUUGGCCGAAAUAGCUUGGCGUUUGGAGUUUGACGGUCAUUUAUGCUUCUCCUUGACAACAACCCCAAAACUUGCUCUGGCACACUCUCAUUGAAGAAAGCAAGAGCAUCAACUGCCCCUAGAUCUUGACAUGAGAUUUCAACGCUAUCUCCUCCCCCGAGGAAAAGAGUGGCCCAACCACACCCACAACUCUUUGUAGAUGCAGACAUUUUAGCCACUAGAUGAAUCAGGCAAAAUUUGAUGAUAUAGGUUUCUUUGGGAAGCACUAUACUUGGUCGAGAGGCUCCCAAUGUUCCACGUUUAAGGACCGCAGACGGGAUCAAAGCCUCUGUAAUCUGAGUUGGAAUGAGGCAUUUCCUGACACCACAGUUCUUCAUCUCGCUCGCUUGGGAUCAAACCAUCAUCUGAUCCUAACCUUAGUAACUCCUAAGGGAGUCUCAACUCCUAUGCUAAGCGUUUUAAUUUGGAAGCAACCUAGCUUACUCAUGAUAAUUUCCAACACUUCUUAGCCGAUUAAUGGAACUCUCAAGCUUCCUUGCCGGUGGCUUUGUAGGAGAUAACAUCUAAGCUGCAGCACUAGAACACCAUGGUGUUUGGCAAUUUUUUCAACGUAAAAGAGACUUCUUGCUAGAAUGGAUGGAGUGUAGAUAAGAAUCGCUGAGGGAUUCUCCCCAGGACUAGCAAAGGUUCACUCUAAGCUUACGAUGGAGCUGGACAAGGUUUUGGAGCAGGAAGCGAUGAUGUGGUUUCAAAGAGCUUGUGAGAACUGGGUGAAAUUUGGUGAAAGGAAUACCUCAUAUUUUCACCAGCUUACAAAGAUAAGGCAUAGGUCCAACAGAGUUGAGAGUUUGAAAGAUGAGAAUGGCGAAUGGGUUAAUGAUAAGCAUCAGUUGGCAGUUAUGGUUUUCUAUUUCUACUCGAAGCUUUAUUUGCAGAAUGGAACGCCAGCGAUCUGAUGCAAAGAGGAGUGUUUCCCCAGUUCAGUUACGCGGAGCUUAAUCACCUGCUCUGACUCUUUACUAUCCUGGAUGUUCAUAGAGAAUUUUUUUACAUGAAUCCCCUUCAAGCUCCGAGUCCAGACGGUUUCUGUAACACCUCAACACUUGGGUUUAGGUUCGAGCAUAAUUAAGGAACAGUUGGAUCGAUGAUUACGUACGAAAAACCUCAAAUCAAAUCAAAUCGGGUUAAUGACUAAGGACUAAUUAAUUGCGAUCGUGAAUUAAGUGUGAUAAAAAUGAUAUUAUUAUUAUAUUUAAAUUCUAUACCAAUUAGUUCUAGCGGCAACCCAAAACCCCGAGACCCCUUUUUCAUUCUUUAUACCUCUCGACUCUCACAAAUUUACACGGAGGCAACCGGUGCAAGAUAGAAAGACAUAGAGAGUCGCCACAAAAGGGAGAUAGGGAGAGGCCAGUAGACCGAGAGAGGCCUAGAUGCGACAAAAAGGGAAGAAACUCUAGCGGCUCCACACCCAAAUCACCCUCCAACGCGAAUGCCACCGCCGGUGCCGGAGAUCAUAACGAACAAUGAGGGUUAGCUCCCGAGUUCAUGUAUUGGUAUUAAAGAGAAUCGACAAGGGCUUCAUGACGCCCGACUGUAAAAAAAUGCUAAGGAGAGGGUGAUAAGUCAGACUCAGUUGGUUUGAUCAGGUGAGUGUAAAGGGGGUAAAUUCUACGCCGAGUUUUAAAGUUAAAUUUUAUAAGUUCAUCCUUUUUGUUAUGAGUUAUAAUUAUUCGAGAUGCAUGUUAGAGGAUUCAUUUUCCUAGACAUUUGAAAUAGGAGAAUUGAUGCAUGUAUAUGUUGAGGUAACCCAUCGCAUAUUGAAGGCGAGGACAUGAUUUUGAGGUACCUCACCGCCUAAUGAAGGUGAGGGCAUAGGAUGUUUAUUUUUGAGGUACUUCACUGCCUAAUGAAGGUGAAGGUGAUGUGUAUGUGAGGUGUUUGUGAUGAUUUAGUGUUAGUAAGGAAAGGAAACCCCCUGGUGGUUGGAUUACUACUGGAUGACCGUACGAUAUGCAGUAGUUGAUCAGGCAUGGCACUAGACAACGAAUCAAAACUCGGGCCAUUUCCUAGGAGGUUAUGGCACGGGACAACGAAUCGAAACGCGAUCCCUUUCCUAAGAGGUUAUGACACCGGAUGGAGAUACGAACACGAUGGUCAUAGUUUAUGUAGAGCUCUAAUUAUGAGGUUGUGGGUGGACAAUAAUGCCAACUCCCACAAGUCAUUUAAGGAAUUAAGUUAAAGGAAGGAAGGAAGUAAGAACAACUUCCGCAAUGUAAGACAAAUGUUUAAGUUUAUUAUAAUGUUUGAGUUUUGAGUGUGGCGAGUUAUAAUAACUCCCACGUGUUUAAGUGUUAAUGUUAAAGGGUGAAAGUAUAAAAAAUGUCCGCUAGUUUGUAAGGUGAACACUUAAGGGAGAAACUUUAGUACUCUUAGGUUUUAGUAAUUGUGUAGAGUGACCCUUUCUCACUCACCAUGUAGGGAAAUGGUUAGAGAGCGAGCAGCUCAAGAGGAGAUAGUGAGAGGUGCGCAACAUCAUCAUCAGUGAAGAUGUCCCAAGAAGGAUCACCGUAAGAAGCCAUAGCUAGAAUUGUUUGGUUAUUUCAUUUUAUGAUUAUGAGUAUAAAAUGGGGAUUCAGAGAUUUUGUUUUAUGAUUUAUGGAUUUAAGUUUCCCAACUGUUUAGGGAUUUACAUUUGAGUUAUCAGAAAUGAUUCAGUAUUGUUUUCCUUGUUUUGAUUUUUAAGAAAUUUUUACUCUGCUUCGGAAUAACCGUUUUAUAGUUUCGGUUAAAAGGAUAUGGAUGUUAAAGUUUCCAAGCUGUAUUCUACCAACAAGUUUGGAGGACAGUAGAGAAAUCCCUUACUGACAUGGCAAUUUCUUUCUUUGAAGAGGGAAAUCUUCCGGGUGAUGUCUUUGCCUCCACGAUCAUGCUUAUCCCAAAAUUUGAGAAUCCUGAAGUUUUAGGCCAGCUCCGCCCAAUCUCUCUUAAUAUUGCCAGUCUCAAAGUCAUCACUAAAGUGAUGAUGAGCCGACUGAAGUCAGUCAUGAAUACCUUGGUUUCUCCGUGUCGGAGUAGUUUUAUUCAUGACCAUCAGACAACAAAUAGUCCAGGCCUUCCUUCACUCUAUGUGGAAGAGGCGCGACAAAAGAGGCGGUCUGGUGGUGAAAAUUGAUUUAGAGAAGGCGUAUGACAGGCUACUGCGGAACUUUCUUUGGGACACUCUCUUGGAAGUUGGUCUGUCGAGCUCUUGGAUCAGGUGUAUCAUGUAAUGUGUCGAGAAGAACGCUAUGUGCAUUCUUUUGAACAGAGAGCUCAUGCAACCUAUUUAUCCCACCUGUGGAGUUCUUAAAGGAGACGCGCUUUUGCCCUAUCUUGUAUUUCUUAUGUAAGGAACGAAUAUCCUACAGGAUUGACCGGGCUGUCUAUGACAAGCUGUGGAAGCCUGUCAGAAUUUUUCUAGGCAACACGAUGCUAACUCAUCUUUUCUUUGUCGGUGAUUUUUUUUUGCAGAGGCCGAGAGCUCUCAAGUUCGGAUCAUCAGGCAAUGGUUGGAUGAGUUAUAUGCUAGCUCCGAAUAGUGAGUGAACUUCAACAAGUCCCUUCUCUAUGUCUCACGCAAUAUCAGACAUCUUCGAGCUCAAAGCCUAAGUGCCAUGGCAUUCAUUCCUCUAACUUCAGACCUCGGUCAAUAUUUAGGAACGCGAGCUAUCCACGGGAGAAUUACCAAGAGAAGAUUCCAUCCUUUGAUUGUAAAAAUUUAGAAGAAGCUAUUCCCAUGGAAAUCUAAACGGUUAUCCCUAUCCGCUCGGCUAACUAUGGCCCGAUAUGUAUCUCUUUCCAUUCCUACUUAUUCUAUGCAGACUGAGUUGAUUCCCAUGAAUUUCAGAACGUCUAUUGAUAAGAUUAAUAGGGAUUUCAUUUGAGGAGAAGACGAGAAACAAGAAAAGAUGUAGUUGGUGGCUUGGGAGAACUAACUAACCCAAAGAGCCAAGGUGGAGUAGGUCCCUUGUGGCAGGCGAACCUGGCUCUUCUAGCCAAAGGGGGGGGGGGGGGGCUGGUGGCUCCUUCAAGAAAAAGACACUCUCUGGAUGCAACUCGUUCGAGCAAAAUACAGGUGACAACGGGCUGGGUUAGAUCUCUUUUGGCCGAUUCAGGGAAGCUCUUUUGCUUGGAAAUAUUUACCAAAGCUUCUAGCUUGUUGUAGCAAGGCUGUGCGAGGUAUAUUCAAAAUGGAAAGGAUACUAAUUUUUGGCGUGAUGUAUGUUUGAUGCAGGUUCUUCUUGUGGAGUUCGCCUUGCAACCGGUGCUAGAAGGAAUGCUAACGGACUCCGUUGCUGACUAUCUAGACGAGGAUGGUAGAUGGGACUUGGAAUGCCUCUCUCCUUGGCUCUCGAUGAAAAUUCUACAACAAAUGAAAGUUGUCACUCUGGACCCCCUCACCCCCUAUCCAUCCUUACGCAUCGCUGCUGGCUUCGAUUUGUUGGCUCUUAGCUUAGGAUUGGUUGGUUAACAUUGUUCACACAUAUCGGGAAGUGAAUAGAGUCGCAGACUAGCUCUCAAAGCAUAGUUUUGUCUAUCCCUAUGGUAUGCAAGAACUUGUUAACCCCCUAGUGAGCUUAGUAGAGUUGUACAGGAAGACAGUCAGUGGAUCUCUUUCGAGUGUCGGGUUGUGGUGCCCUUGGAUAGAAAAAUUUCUCUUUCACUCACUCUCUCUCUCUCUCUCUCUCUCUCUCUCUUGUUGCUCUCUCCUUAUUGGUUGCGGCCUCCAGUAAUGCAAAAAAAAAAAAAUCUAUGCUUCUAUCAUUUAUUACUCGAGUCAUUCGAUGAUAUGAUUAUUAGGUACUUUAUUUAAUGGAUGCUUAUGAUUAUAUUGUAUGCUACUAUAUGCAUUAUGCUUAGUAUUAUCUAGGUUGUCAAGAAAUUACCAUCUAGUGUUACCCCAUUAAUGUUAGGCGUGUAUGGAGGAGUAGCUAACCAUCCAUGCAUCGACUAGUACAAUGCUUGAUCAUAGAUCAUUAAUGCUAUAGAUCAUGGAUCAUGGUUUGUAGAAGCCCAAAAUUAAUCAUGUGAUAUCCUAACUUCCUUUUUCUUCAUUGAUUGGAUGAUGGCAUGAAAUGAAAGCACACAUUAGCUAGUCAAAUGUCUACCGCAAGAGGCGCAUGCAUGGGUAGAGAGUGGCCUUAGUGGAAGGGAUAUGUCAUCUUAAUAAAAUAAGCAUUGAAGCAUCUUGUUAAUGAGAAUGAAUGCAUGUUCAUCUAGAGGUACUACCUAAACAUUAAUUUUUGUUGCUUGCAUUGUUUGUCUUCUUGUAUGCAUUGCAUUGUUUGUUUUCUUUGUUUUUUUCCUUGCAUUAUUGGCGAAUAGGGCACCUGUACCCAUAUCAUAUUUACUUUUCCUUGCAUCUCAAUUCGAUCUCAAUAGGUUAGGUUUCAGUAGUUACUAUCAAACGACCUCAUGAAAUACGACCCUAGUGCGUCCUAGAAUUUAUCACUUGUUUCUACAUCAAUAUCUAUCACUCGAUAUUACAUCAAGUUUUUGGCAUCGUUGCCAGAGAUUUUUCAACGGACUCCUCUUCGUAGCUAUCAUAAAUUAUAUGUGUCGUUUUUCAAUAUGCUUUAGAUAAUGGUGCCUCCUAUGCUUCUAUGGAUAGCAUCUCUGUGUUGGUAAUAGGAGAAUGUGGACGGGAUAACUCCCUGACAUUGUGAGAAGGGCAAAGGAACGAACCUUUGUUCUUGGUAAGUGCUUCAUUGUAGCCAAGCUUCGAUUUCUCAUCACUUUUGGCUACCUUAUUCUGUUAACCAAGGGAAACAGGCUCCGGAGAGUUGGCAACAACUGAUUGACGCUCCCUUGGGAAGAGUCCAAAGAAUUUCCGCCACGGAUGCUUCCAAAUAUGGAAGUCAGCCCAUGGCUAUUAGUAUUUUACGCUCUAGUUGGUUAUUUGUUUUGUUUUGUUUUGUUUUUUUUUUUUUUUGCAGGAUUCAUAUCGAUAAAACCAUAACAAUCCAUCCAAAGAUAUGAUACCAAAAAGAAGGAGGAAAGAUGGGCCAAAGAGAAUCAAAGGCUGAAGCAAACACCAUCAUUCCCAUCCACUACACUACUCUCAACAAAGGGCUCGUGUUAAAUUGGAUUGUAAAGGAAUAGAUCUAGAAGAUUCAAAGCUAAUAAGAGAGAAGUAUGGAGAUUACCCUACUAUAGAGAAGAUGGAACAAGCUUGCGACUUUCUCCAAUCAAGAUUCCGGAUCGAGCAAAAUCCCUGAGAGCAUCGUGCUAGUAUCCAAGAUGAAGAACCAAAGCAACUGCUAGAAGAUGUUCAAAUCAUCGUGGAGCCUCCCAAAGCCGAUAAAGGAAGUUCCAAUGAAUUGCGUGAAGAUUU